GUGUUUUGUAUUUUUUACCUAACUCGGUAGGUAACCGUAUUUGUACAGGUUUUUUUUUUUUUUUCAAGUAAAUUUAUGACUCACGACUCAGAAUUUAAUUAUUACUAGUUGACAUUGGAUUUGUGGAGUGUGAUGAACUUGUCCUCAUAGAUUUCCGUUUGUGUUUGGCAUUGUUUAAUUUUUUGGAACUCUGUGCUUACUUGUCUAUGAUGUGAGAUCGAGUACGUUUGGACGACUAAACGAAAAAUAAUAGUGAAACAAUAACAUGGUCACAGUCGGGAGACGGUUGAUACUCGCUGGACUGAUCGUCGUCACAUUGCAAAUUUGGAAUGUGUCGACGGCACCAACUGAGAAAACUAUUAGUCAACUUAUGAUGUCAUCUGGAAAAGUCAAUUUGGUAAACUACUUCAAAGAUUUGAAUCUUGACAAUUUUUGCAAUUUUCCGUUACUGGAUGUCAAAAAUUUUACAAGGGUAGAAAAUGAAUACACUUUUCCGUGUUUUUGUACGGUAAUUUACAAUAUUAGCAAUGAAUUUGAAUAUGGUCUCAUAAAUGCCACAGACUUUGAAGCUGCAAAAUUAAUAACUAAUAAUCACAAAUUUAAUGAUGAAAGCAUGUAUAAUAUGUGGACAAACAUGACCAAAAACUCCGAAUCAAUGAAGUUAUUAAUGGAUCCGUUGAACAGUAUAGACAAAUGGAAUAAGGUCUGUUAUAACUUAAAGAAUGAAUUGCAUACAUACUGUAAAUUUUUAAAUGUAGAGGUGUUACUGUUCAUCAAUGGCGGUUUAGAAAAAUCUAAUAAAUCUAUAAAAAAAAAUAUUGAGAAUCCAUCAAAAAACCUUAAAGAACCCGUUGUUCCUAGUGUCGUUGUUGCAGAACUGAAAACCCCUGAGGACCUACCUCAAGUUAAAAUUGAUAAAUCUCUUGAAAUUGAAAAAACUGUAGACAAUAUUCAAAAAAUAGUUGAAGUCAAUAAUGAUAAUAAUAAUAAUGAUGAGGAACUUCGUUCAGAAAUACCAAAGGAUAAUAUAAACUUUGAUGAUGAUGAAACUACUGUUGAAGAUGAAAAACCAGUUGAAGAAACAGAGACCCAAACUCCAAUUGAUUCGAAACCUAAUUCAAAAUCUAGUGUUGAUUAUCCUAAAGAGGACGACGGUACCAUACACCAAACAGAAACUAAAGAAAGUGUAUCAAGAUUAGGUCCAAAACCUAUAUUUACAAAUCAUGGGUUUGGCGAUACAGAAGACUCACAUUUCCUUUUCUACUUCAGCAUAAUGACUAUACUAUCAAUGCUAUUUUAUUUAGCUUUAUACAAUAAGAAAAAAAUAAUUGCGCUUUUAAUUGAAGGGCGGCGAAGUACAAACCACCGAAGACGACCAAAUACGGCUAGUUAUUCAAAAGUAGAGACUGAUGACGGAUCGACUGUAUUUUGAUGAAAUAGUGAUUAGUGAUUUCUAUUGUGAAAACAAAAUUAGUUGUAGACUCUCAAUGUUGUGAUGUUGAGUGGUUGUUGAUUGAAGAAUUUCCUAUAACAAUUGUUGAAUAUGUAAUGGGAUAUAUUUUAAUAAGUUAGAAAAAACUCUGUGAUUACAACAUGUAUAUAUAAAUUUUACAACUUUUUUAGGAACCUUUAGUUUUUAUUUUGAUAUUAAUUAUAAACAUUACAAACUGUUGAUCUUAACUUUUUAACUGUCCAAAAAAAAGUGACAUAAAUACUUAAAUUUGUAAUAAAAAUAUAGUUUUGUCUUGUUUAUUUAACAAAAAAAUAAGAACAUUUUAUACACAUAAUAUACUUAAUAUAUAAAUAUAUAUAAGUAAAAUGAUCAC